AUGCGUCCCGAGGUCGAGCAAGAGCUCGCUCACACACUGCUCAUCGAGCUUCUUGCAUACCAAUUCGCUUCGCCAGUGAGGUGGAUUGAGACCCAGGAUGUAUUCCUUGCCGAAAAGACCGCCGAGCGGGUUGUCGAAAUCGGUCCCGCAGACACCCUCGGAGUGAUGGCCAAGAGGACCCUCAAGGCCAAGUACGAAGCCUACGAUGCCGCAAAGUCUGUACAGCGUCAGAUUUUGUGCUAUAAUAAAGACGCCAAGGAGAUCUACUACGACGUCGAUCCCGUCGAGGAUGAGCCUGAGCCAGCUGCCGGAUCAUCUGCUCCAGCUGGCGAUGCACCAGCUGCCAGCCCUGCCGCUGGUGCUGCUCCCGUCGCCGCCGCUCCUCCUCCACCCAGCAGCGGCCCUGCCGCACAGGUUCCUGAUGAGCCUGUACAGGCCGUAGAUAUUGUGCGCGCCUUGAUCGCACAGAAGCUCAAGAAGCCACUGCUUGACAUUCCUUUGAGCAAGGCCAUUAAAGACCUUGUUGGUGGCAAAUCCACACUUCAAAACGAGAUUCUCGGUGAUCUUGGUAAAGAAUUCGGUUCCACCCCAGAAAAGCCCGAAGAUACCCCCCUCGACGAACUCGGUGCUGCCAUGCAAGCAACAUUCGAUGGCAAUCUUGGUAAACAGUCACAAUCGCUUAUUGCUCGUCUGAUUUCCUCCAAGAUGCCCGGUGGGUUCAAUAUCACAUCGACGAGAAAGUAUCUCGAAUCAAGAUGGGGCCUUGCCUCUGGGCGUCAGGAUGGCGCUCUGCUCUUAGCACUGACGAUGGAGCCUCCUGCCCGUCUGGGAUCUGAAGGUGACGCCAAGGCCUUCCUUGACGGAGUCGUUCAGAAAUAUGCCGCCAAUGCCGGUGUCAACCUGUCCAGCGCGGCAGAGACUGGUUCCUCGGGUGGUUCUGGUGGUGGUAUGAUGAUGGACCCCGCUGCCAUCGAUGCCUUGACCAAGGAUCAGCGUGCCCUGUUCAAGCAGCAGCUGGAGCUCUUUGCCCGCUACCUCAAGAUGGAUCUCCGUGCCGGAGACAAGGCAUCCCUUGACUCGAAGAAGUCAGAGAAGGUGCUCCAAGCCCAGCUCGAUCUGUGGAACACUGAGCACGGCGACUUCUACGCCUCCGGAAUCGAGCCCGUCUUCAGUCCCCUCAAGGCUCGCGUCUAUGAUUCAUCGUGGAACUGGGUUCGCCAGGAUGCCUUGAGCAUGUACUACGAUGUCAUCUUUGGGCGACUUCAGGCUGUCGAUCGUGAGAUUGUUAGUCAAUGUAUUCGCAUCAUGAGCCGUUCCAACCCCAAGUUGCUCGACUUCAUGCAAUAUCACAUUGACAACUGCCCCACUGAGAGAGGCGAGACCUACAAGCUGGCUAAGGAGCUCGCCCAGCAGCUCUUCGAGAACUGCCAAGAGGUCCUCAACGUUGCUCCUAUGUACAAGGAUGUCGCGGUUCCCACCGCCCCCCGAACAACUAUCGAUGCCCGGGGUAACCUCAACUACGAGGAAGUGCCUCGCGCCAGUUGCCGAAAGCUUGAGCACUAUGUCCAACAAAUGGCUGAGGGUGGCAAGAUCUCUGAAUAUGGCAACCGUACCAAGGUCCAAAACGACUUGCAGCGCAUUUACAAGCUUAUCAAGCAGCAGCAUAAGAUGUCCAAGACAUCCCAGCUUGAGAUUCGAAGCCUCUAUGGCGAUGUUCUGCGUUCUCUAGCCAUGAAUGAGAGCCAGAUCAUUCCUGAGAAGAAUGGAAAGCCCAGAAAGACCCUCAAGGGUACUAGCCAGAACAAGGGCAAGGUAGAGACCAUUCCAUUCCUCCACCUGAAGAAGAAGACCCUCCAUGGUUGGGAUUACAGCAAGAGACUCACUGGCACGUAUCUCAACUGCCUUGAAAAUGCUGCCAGAGAUGGUGUUACCUUCCAGGGCAAGUACGUUCUGAUGACUGGUGCUGGUGCUGGUUCCAUCGGCGCUGAAGUCCUCCAGGGCCUCGUCAGCGGUGGUGCCAAGGUCGUUGUGACCACAAGUCGAUUCUCACGUGAAGUGACCGAGUACUACCAGUCCAUGUACACGCGCUUCGGUUCUCGGGGCUCCCAGAUCGUCGUCGUUCCUUUCAACCAGGGUAGCAAGCAGGAUGUCGAGGCCUUGGUUGAGUACAUCUAUGAUACCAAGACCGGUCUCGGCUGGGAUCUUGACUUCAUUGUGCCCUUCGCCGCUAUCUCAGAGAACGGGCGUCAAAUCGACACCAUCGACUCUCGCUCAGAACUGGCCCACCGUAUCAUGCUGACCAACCUUAUUCGCCUGUUGGGUUGCGUCAAGUCCCAGAAGACCGAGCGCGGCUUCGAAACUCGUCCCGCUCAAGUUGUCCUUCCCCUGUCCCCCAACCACGGAACUUUCGGAAACGACGGUCUGUACUCUGAAUCAAAGCUGGCUCUCGAGACACUAUUCAAUCGAUGGUACUCCGAAAGCUGGGCCAACUACCUCACCGUCUGCGGAGCUGUCAUUGGCUGGACCCGCGGAACUGGUCUCAUGUCUGGCAACAACAUCGUUGCUGAGGGUGUUGAGGCGUUCGGCGUUCGCACUUUCUCCCAGCAAGAGAUGGCCUUCAACCUUUUGGGCUUGAUGUCCCCUAAGAUUGUUGACCUUUGCCAGUCCGAGCCAGUGUUUGCCGACCUGAAUGGUGGUCUUCAGUUUAUCCCCAACCUCAACGAGACCAUGACCAAGCUGCGCAAGGACAUUAUGGAGACAAGCGAGAUCCGCAAGGCCGUCUCCAAGGAGAGUGCUAUCGAGCACUCCGUCGUCAACGGUGCGGACUCAGAGGUUCUCUUUAAGAAGAAGACCGUUGACCCCCGUGCCAACAUCAAGUUUGACUUCCCAAAUCUUCCUGACUGGAAGACAGAGAUCGCCCCCCAUAACGAUAAGCUGAAGGGUAUGGUUGACCUUGAGAAGGUCGUUGUCGUGACUGGUUUCGCCGAAGUUGGCCCCUGGGGUAACUCUCGCACUCGCUGGGAGAUGGAAGCGUACGGAGAGUUCUCUCUUGAAGGCUGUGUCGAAAUGGCCUGGAUCAUGGGUUUGAUCAAGAACCACAAUGGCCCUCUCAAGGGCAAGCCCUACGCAGGCUGGGUUGAUGCCAAGUCUGGCGACCCAGUCGACGACAAGGAUAUCAAGGCCAAGUACGAGAAGUUCAUUCUUGAACACUCCGGUAUUCGAUUGAUCGAACCUGAGCUGUUUGACGGCUAUGACCCCAACAAGAAGCAGAUGCUUCACGAGGUUGUCAUCGAGGAAGAUCUUGAGCCAUUCGAGGCUUCCAAGGAGACUGCCGAUGAAUUCAAGCGCGAGCAUGGCGACAAGGUGGAGGUCUUCGAGAUUCCUGACAGUGGUGAAUACCUUGUUCGUUUGAAGAAGGGUGCUGCUCUGUGGAUCCCCAAGGCGCUUCGCUUCGAUCGUCUGGUUGCUGGACAGAUCCCCACUGGAUGGGAUCCUAAGCGCUACGGUGUUCCCGAAGACAUCAUCUCCCAAGUCGACCCAGUCACUCUCUUCCUUCUUGUCUCCACCGCCGAGGCUCUGCUGUCUUGCGGUAUCACCGACCCCUACGAGUUCUACAAGUAUGUCCACGUGUCUGAGGUUGGUAACUGUGUGGGCUCUGGUAUGGGUGGUGCCGCUGCUCUGCGUGGCAUGCACAAGGAUCGAUUCCUUGACAAGCCCCUGCAGAACGACAUUCUCCAGGAGUCCUUCAUCAACACCAUGGCUGCCUGGGUUAACAUGCUUCUGCUCUCAUCUUCUGGACCUAUCAAGACUCCAGUCGGUGCGUGCGCUACAGCUGUUGAGUCAGUAGAUAUCGGUUACGAGACCAUCAUGGAGGGCAAGGCUCGAGUGUGCUUGGUCGGUGGUUUUGAUGACUUUGGUGAGGAGGGAUCCUACGAAUUCGCCAACAUGAAGGCCACAAGCAACACUGUUGAUGAGUUUGCCCACGGACGUACACCCAAGGAAAUGUCCCGCCCGACUACUACGACCCGAAAUGGCUUCAUGGAGUCCCAGGGUUGCGGUAUUCAAAUCAUCAUGACUGCCAAGCUGGCUUUGGAUAUGGGCGUGCCCAUUUACGGUAUCCUAGCCCUGACUACCACAGCCUCUGACAAGAUUGGUCGCUCAGUUCCUGCCCCUGGACAGGGUGUCCUGACCACUGCUCGUGAACAUGCUGGCAAGUUCCCCUCGCCUCUUCUCGACAUCAACUACCGCCGCCGCCAGAUCGAGCGCCGCAAGAAACAGAUUAAGCAGUGGCAGGAGUCGGAACUCGAGUUUGUCUACGACGAAGUCGAGGCCAUGAAGGCUCAAGGUGCUACCUUUGAUGAGACCGAGUAUGCUCAAGACCGCAUCGCUCAUGUCGAGAAAGAGGCUCUCCGGCAAGAGAAGGAGCUUCUCCGAAGCAUGGGCAACAACUUCUGGAAGAACGAUACCAGCAUCGCUCCUCUCCGUGGUGCCCUCGCCACCUGGGGUCUCACCAUCGACGACUUGGAGGUUGCCUCUUUCCACGGCACAUCGACCAAGGCCAACGACAAGAAUGAGUCGUCUGUCAUCUGCCAGCAACUGCGCCAUCUCGGCCGCACCAAGGGUAACGCCGUGCUCGGUAUCUUCCAGAAGUACCUCACCGGUCAUCCCAAGGGUGCUGCUGGUGCCUGGAUGAUGAACGGCUGCCUCCAAGUCCUGAACACGGGUCUUGUCCCUGGCAACCGCAACGCUGACAACGUCGAUCCUGUGAUGGAGGACUUUGAUCUCAUCGUGUACCCCAGCCGCAGCAUUCAGACAGAUGGUAUCAAGGCAUUCUCCGUCACCUCAUUCGGUUUCGGACAGAAGGGAGCCCAAGCCAUUGGUGUCCACCCCAAGUACCUCUUUGCCACUCUGGAUGAGAAGACUUACCGCGAGUACGCCGUCAAGGUCGCAGGUCGCCAGAAGAAGGCAUACCGCUACUUCCACAACGGUCUGAUCAACAACAGCCUCUUUGUUGCCAAGUCCAACUCCCCUUACACCGACGCUCAGCUGAGCAAGGUUCUUCUCAACCCUGAUGCAAGAGUGUCGACUGACGCCAAGUCGGCCGAGCUGGUAUUUUCUUCCAACUUCAUGAAGCAGUCGGAGAAGCCAAUUCCAUCAUCGCGAGCCAGCGAGACUCAACAGGUUAUGGAGGCACUCGCAUCCAAGGUCGCCAACAAGAACAGCAAAGUUGGUGUUGAUGUCGAGGAUAUCUCCGCUGUGAACAUUGAGAACGAGACAUUUGUUGAGCGCAACUUUACCGCCAACGAGAUUGCCUACUGCCAGAAGGCCCCAAGCCCUCAGAGCUCCUUUGCUGGCCGUUGGAGUGCCAAAGAGGCGGUCUUCAAGUCUCUGGGCGUGCCAAGCAGGGGAGCUGGUGCUGCCAUGAAGGACAUCGAAAUUGUCAAGGAUGAGGAAACCGGUGCGCCCAUUGUCAGACUCCGUGGUGAGGCUGCUGCUGCUGCCAAGAAGGCCGGUGUACAAGACAUCACUUUGUCCAUCUCUCACUCUGAUAACCAGGCCAUUGCCGUUGCUGUUGCAAACUUCUAA